GUGUGAAGAUGCGAAAAAUAUCACGGCCUUUAAAUCUAUCAAACACUUUCUCUAUGCAAGUUUACGUGCUUCAGCCAAGUACAUGGUUUCAUCAUGUUAGACAGAGUCCAGAUGACAGAGGACUUACCAUUGCAAUUAACUAUUGGUAUGAUAUGCAGUUUGAUAUCAAGUAUGCGUACUUCAACUUCUUGCAAUCAAUUCAUUGUCCAUCAUCCUUUUUCUUACUGGAGGAGCCAAGGACUGGGGAAGAUUCUAACAUUAUACCGACAAAUUCUGCUGCUGAUGCUGCACAUCAGGACCUUAGUUGCAGGUUUUUAUCAGAAACUAACCACGACAUUCCUUUGGCUACAGAAAGCGAACCUGAUGCUUCAGAAAAAAAAUUGCAAUUUUGUCUGAAGUAGCAGAUGCUAAAGAAGAUUUGGGCUGACUAUGAUUAUAAUGUGGAGUUGGUUUGCGAAGUGAUUUGCAUGGCUACAGGUCUUUCAUAGCAGAUUUAGAUUUGCUGGGAAUAUGUGUUGGAUUUGGGAAAGAAAGUUGUGACUAUUUUGCUUGAGUGAUAAAAAACAGUAAGUGCGCCAGCCAGUUUGAUUGUAUUGUUUCAAUAGCUAGUAACAUGAUGCAACAGAGAUUGCAGGAGUGGCCGUGGGAGGCGUUCUUUAUCUUAUUGACAUUAGAGACUCUUUUGACUUGGAAGGGGUUUAAGUCACUGAAGACAGACAGAUGUUCUAUUAACGUGGUUCGUCAGUUAGCCAAAUGGGCUAGGAAAACAGUAUUUUGAAUGAUGUAUAUUAUACUUUACCUCCCUUUAUUUACUAAUGAAGUUUUUAGUUUCAUUAUAAAAAAGUUCUCAAAAUUGGAUGCCCUCAUAUGAAAACUUACAGUUUUGGGGGCAGGUUAUGAUUCCACAACCACUUCCAAACCAAAGAGUCUCCUAUUGAGGAUGCCCUAUUGUCUCUUGUAUGUUUCAAGCUAACUAAUGACAAAGAAGUUUCUAUUC